AAUGUCCGAUGGGUUUUGGCUUCACCCAGACAGACUGGGAGUGGGUGGAGCAGGCACUCACAGACAGCUGUCAAGGUAGUCAGAAUGUCCGAUGGGUUUUGGCUUCACCCAGACAGACUGGGAGUGGGUGGAGCAGGCACUCACAGACAGCUGUCGAGGUAGUCAGAAUGUCCGAUGGGUUUUGGCUUCACCCAGACAGACUGGGAGUGGGUGGAGCAGGCACUCACAGACAGCUGUCAAGGUAGUCAGAAUGUCCGAUGGGUUUUGGCUUCACCCAGACAGACUGGGAGUGGGUGGAGCAGGCACUCACAGACAGCUGUCAAGGUAGUCAGAAUGUCCGAUGGGUUUUGGCUUCACCCAGACAGACUGGGAGUGGGUGGAGCAGGCACUCACAGACAGCUGUCAAGGUAGUCAGAAUGUCCGAUGGGUUUUGGCUUCACCCAGACAGACUGGGAGUGGGUGGAGCAGGCACUCACAGACAGCUGUCAAGGUAGUCAGAAUGUCCGAUGGGUUUUUGGCUUCGAAUGCGUCACAUCUUUUUUGUUGCUGUUCUCCCCCUCCGACGACUCAAACAUCUGCCAGGCACCUUCCUACAAUUAUUUCCUCUCUCGUAGUUCAAAGUAAAGUGGAGAGGUUUGAGCCAAAAGCCUCAUCACAGACAGUUCCCCAGAGUAUAGUUAUUGGGCCAGAUUCAGAGAUUGAAGAGACAGAUAUGGAGAAGGAGAAUGAGUUGUAUGGUAUACCUAAUGUGGGGCCACCUUCCAUGUUGGCCUACAAACCAGAGUCGAAACAACCGCCUGUUCAUUUUGAAAAGAUCCCAGUGUUGCCCAUCUCUGGAUCCUCUGAAGCUCAGUCCAAACUGAAAGUAGAGUUUGUUCUAUGUGACUACUGCCAGCACCCCUGUAACCCAUUCAUACGCCGGGAACAAUUGGAAAAUAAUCGUGACCUGGAAUUGCUCUUUUGCUGUGAACGGGCUCAGAAAAUGCGAGCGUUUCUCCUGGAAGAGGAGCGGGCCUUAGCCGCCAUGGAGAUGAACAGGAAGAUUGAUGUGGGCCCUCACCCACCCUUCAUGAACAAACACGAGAAGAGAGCUGCAAAGGAGCGGGCAGAGCAGAGGUUGUUGGAAUGGGAACUUCAGAAGGUCCUGAAGAAAGGCAAUCAGAACAGAUUCUUUUCAGGUCAGAUCAAAACCAUCUCCUACAGACUGUCCAAUGAGGUUUGGACUUUCCGAGAAGAGUCUCACUUCCCUAAGAUGGACAUCAUGAACUCAUCAGAUAUCUUCAGCCUCCAGGGGGAGACGGACAGGCAGCACAGAGAGAGGAGAAUACAUUUGCUUCUGAGGUUCUAUCCAAAUGGCAAACCCUUCAUCACGUUAUAUCCAGACGGAACAGGAAAUGUGUUCUAUCCAUCUGGGAAUGUUGCUAUCAUCAUCUCCUCUGUGGAGGCUGCUGACUUCACCUAUAUAAUCAUGGAGGACAAGGAUUUAGAGCCAAACUUUGAGGCCAUGUUUACAACCAGAGGCCAGUCUACGUGCUACCACCCCAAUGGACUUAUAUGGGUGAACCUGACCCAGCUGGGAGGCUCCUGCUGCAGUGAGACCGGGGCCCUGAGACGACGCUGGAACUGGCUGGACCUUGAGCCUCACAUCCAAGCCCCUCCCUUCCAGCCCAUCUGUCUGGUCCUGGGUAGCCACGUCAGCCUCCGCAUCCAGUCCCAGGAACGCAUCUACCUCACAUUCUCCUCUCACCAAAGCAGAGUACGUUUCAACGUGGGCUCCAAACUCAAGCUAACCCAUCCGGAAGGCCUAGUGAUGCCGGGGCCAGACAUCCUGCAACAACAUCUCCAAAUGAAAAGCCUGGAGAUUUACACUCUGCUGGACCGGAUGCAGACCUGCAUGGCCUACCAGCACUCGGCCAAUCCCCACAACAUUAAGCCCCAGUACAGCCUCGUUGCCCAGAUGCAGAGACUCAAGAGACAGAUGGAAAAACAGAGCUCACCCAAAAAGACCAAAGCUCUCAUGGCCUCUAAGGACUUAUAACAACUGACAACUCAAAGCCUGUGUUGUUCUAGAAUUCAUAUUGUUGCUAUGAAACCAAGGCAUUUAGCAUUUAUUCUAAUUAGAAAUAAAUACAGUAGCCAUGUGUAAAAUAUUAUAAAAGACUGGUCAUGUUUCUUGUCAGAUACAUUUUGAAUAGAUUUAAUGGUUGGGCCAUUGUGCAAAUUAAGAAAUUAGUCAGCAGUCUAAGGAAAAUGACGAAUGAGGCACCUCACUCUUCAAUCACAAGUAGGCCUAGAAGAUUCAGUUGAGGUCCCAACAACCCUUGAACCCACCAACCCGUGCAUAGGUUACAGCAGCCGUUUAAUGGUGCUGGUCGGCUGUACAGCAGCCGUUUAAUGGUGCUGGUUGGCUGUACAGCAGCCGUUUAAUGGUGCUGGUUGGCUGUACAGCAGCCAGGCAACUUGAAGGACUUGAAGGAUGUGUAGUAAUGCAGGAAAUCUACAAACAGGAUAAUAAUGUUUUGACUAACUAGUUUUAUACUGACUCGGUGCAGGUAUCAUAGCUAACUCAGAAUCUUCAAUAGAAAUAGGCCACGGUAGACAGAACCUUAAUUACUCAUCUGUGCAGCAGCCUGAAGGUCAACUGAUUGACCAUGACAUUUCUGAACAGUCUCUUCAGAGGAGCUGUAUCUGCGAUGUUAUGCCCACGGCAUUUACAUAAUUUAAGUAAAAAUAAAUCUUGUGAGUUAAUUUAAGAGUUGGCAUAUCAUAUUUUCCCAUAUAUAUAUAUAUAUAUUUUUUUUUUAAGUAGUAGAAGGGAAAAAAAAUACAUUGCAAUGAGUUUUCAUGUCAGUGGCAUAACGUUGACUUAUCUGAAUGCCUGGACCACAGGCAUGUGGAGGUCAUCUCCAGAAUGAGCACCAGGACACAGACCGACUGGUUGGACCAGAGGAGACAUGACAGUAGCCGACGUAAGAGGAGAAAAGUACUAUCAGAUAGAUGAGUGAUGAUUGUUAUAGGUCAGACUUCAGAAUUAUGCUGAUCCUCGAAGCAUAGCAUGUUGUUUACUUAGCCCAACUACUUCCCUUUCUCCUGACAAAUGAUUCCUUUGCAGUCAACAUUCAGUCAGAAGAAGGGACUAUGAAACCUGUAGAGGAAUCAGGGAUCCCCUUGGAAUGUGUGGAGACACGUCUUGACUCCGAGGUAGCUAGGCGAAACACAGAUGUUUUAGAAAUAUUUCCUCACUAUGAAAAAAUAUAGUAAAUCACUUCAGAUCAAUUCCAAUAAAUGUCUAUUUCCUGUCUCUGAGAAGUCCCUGAAGUGCUCCAAGAGCGCGAUUUGUGUUGAGGAGAAAAGUCUACAUCUUCAUCUAACGGUAUUUUUAUUGUUACCAGUCUACCAGACAGCAGACAGCGUGAAAUGUUAGCGUUACUGUAGAUACAGAAUCCUGAAAUCUGGAGUUUCUCCAUUUUCACUUAUUAAUGAUGAGCAAUGUGGGCACUUCUGUUGAAUAAAUGAUGAACUGCCUUUGUUGUCUCUCUUUAGAAUCUUCCUAAAAACGAGGACCCGGAGAUGGAUCCGUCCCCAGAUAAUGAAGUGUUGGCUCACUCAGCAAGGAUCUCCAAACUCCCACAGCUUGCCAAGUAGAAACUAAACAGUCACCAACACAUUUUGACAUGAGCACAAGGGCAUCCAGCUCGGACUCGUCAUGGGAGCUCCUGGAAAGUGAGCUGGACUCUAUUACCUGUGAGUACUGCCAGCAGCACAGGAAGCCCCCAGAGACCAGCUAGUCAACAAUACAAACCCAGAGGAGUUGUUUUUGUUACGAAGUGGCCUGGAGGAUGGCUGACUGUCUGUCGGAGGGGGAGCCUGUGUUCUGCGUGAUCCAGGAGAGCUUAAAGGUUGAUGUGGGCCUUCACCUGCCCUUCAAAACGGCUGAGAAGAAGCGGACGGAGCAAAGUUGGAGCACACGACGGGCCAGAGACACCUCCACAUGAAGCGACCUACAACCUGCUGCAGAGGAUCCAGAGCUAGAUCACCUAGCAACACUAGAUCACCUAGCAACACUAGAUCACCUAGCAACACUAGAUCACCUAGCAACACUAGAUCACCUAGCAACAGACCACCAGUCCACCCCCUUGCCUGGUGUCGCAGAUGGAGACGGAAGACACCUCUGGAUAAGCACUGUUCAGCUACCUGAGCCAUAUCAUUGAAAACACUCGUA